AUGCUUACGGAUCACGAAAGGAGGAAGCAAAUUAGUGUUCGAGGAAUUGCACAGGUUGAAAACGUUGCCAAUUUUAAGAAGGCAUUCAAUCGACAUUUACAUUUUUCGAUCAUCAAGGACAGAAAUGUAGCAACUCCUCGUGAUUACUAUUUUGCUUUGGCUCACACCGUUAGGGACCACCUUGUUUCCAGAUGGAUUCGAACACAGCAGUAUUAUUAUGAAAAUGAUCCAAAGCGUGUCUAUUAUCUUUCACUUGAAUUCUAUAUGGGUAGGACGCUUUCGAAUACGAUGAUGAAUAUUGGCAUUCAAGCGGCUAUUGAUGAAGCCUUAUAUCAGCUGGGUCUUGAUAUCGAAGAACUGCAAGAAAUUGAAGAAGAUGCUGGGCUGGGAAAUGGUGGUUUAGGUAGGCUCGCUGCGUGUUUUCUUGAUUCGAUGGCAACUCUAGGAAUUGCUGCUUAUGGAUACGGCUUGCGUUACGAGUACGGUAUCUUUAAGCAGCUUAUUCGUGAAGGAUGGCAGGUUGAAGAGCCUGAUGAUUGGUUGCGUUUCGGAAAUCCGUGGGAAAAGGCACGUCCCGAGUACAUGUUGCCGAGCAAGUGGGUUAAUACGCAACUUGUAUUUGCUAUGCCUUAUGACACUCCUGUACCAGGUUUUCGUAACAAUGUUGUGAAUACUCUGCGCCUUUGGUCUGCAAAAGCCGAGAAUCACUUCCGAUUAAAAUUCUUUAAUGAUGGUGAUUACGUUCAAGCCGUUAUGGAUCGCAACCUUUCCGAAAAUAUUACCCGAGUACUGUACCCUAAUGAUAACGUUUUUAUUGGAAAAGAGUUGCGUUUGAAACAAGAGUACUUUUUGGUGGCAGCUACAUUGCAAGACAUUAUUCGCCGUUUUAAGUCGAGUAAAUAUGGUUGUCGAGAUCCUGUGAGAGCAAACUUUGAUUCAUUUGCCGACAAGGUGGCUAUUCAAUUGAACGACACUCACCCUUCAAUUGGUAUUCCUGAAUUUGUACGUUUGCUUGUGGACAUUGAGGGCAUUUCAUUUGAUAGAGCCCUUGAUAUAUGCGUGAGGACAUUCGCAUACACUAACCACACGCUGCUUCCAGAGGCUCUUGAAAGAUGGCCUGUUACCCUUUUAGAAAAUCUGCUUCCAAGACAUCUUGAAAUAAUUUAUGAGAUAAACCAGCGUCUCAUGGAUCAAGUUUCGGCCAAGUACCCAGGUGAUUUUGAUCGAAUGAGGCGAAUGUCUAUUGUGGAGGAAGCUGAUGGUUACGGAGAAAAACGCAUAAAUAUGGCUCAUUUAUGCAUAUUUGGGUCUCAUGCAACCAACGGUGUAGCUGCUCUGCACUCAGAGUUAUUGAAGUCUAAAACCUUCAAAGACUUCUAUGAGAUGUUCCCUGAACGUUUCCAAAAUAAAACAAAUGGCAUCACUCCACGUCGAUGGCUCCUUCUUUCAAAUCCUUCUCUAGCUGACGUAAUUUGCGAAAAGAUUGGCGAUUCUUGGAUUACAAAUCUGGAUUUGCUGCAAAGCCUGAAGCAGUAUGCAAACAAUGAUGUGUUUUUGGAUUCCUUGGCGAGAGUUAAACAAGAAAAUAAAUUAAGAGUAGCACAGUACGUCAGUGAGGAAUACAACAUUGAAAUUAACCCUGCAAGCUUAUUCGACAUUCAUGUGAAACGCUUGCACGAGUACAAAAGACAGCUAUUAAAUGCUUUACAUGUUAUUACACUGUAUAAUCGAAUCAAGGAAAAUCCAAACAAAAAAUUUGUCCCUCGAACAGUUAUUUUCGCUGGAAAGGCAGCACCUGGUUAUUACAUGGCGAAGCAGAUAAUCAAGCUUAUAAAUACCGUUGCUGAAGUCGUAAACAGGGACCCAAUUAUUGGAAAUCGUCUCAAGGUCGUCUUUCUUGAGAAUUAUCGUGUUUCAAUGGCGGAGAAAAUUAUUCCUGCAGCAGACCUUAGUGAACAGAUCUCAACUGCUGGUACGGAAGCAUCCGGAACUGGCAAUAUGAAGUUUAUGCUCAAUGGUGGCUUGACUAUCGGUACAUUGGAUGGUGCAAAUGUUGAGAUGAUGGAGGAAAUGGGUCGUGAAAAUAUAUUCAUAUUCGGUAUGACAGUGGAAGAAGUUCAAGCCUUGGAAGCCAGAGGAUAUGAUCCGGAAGAGUUUAUUAACAAAAGCCCUAACCUGAAGAAGAUUAUUGAACAACUGGAACUAGGAUUUUUCUCUCCGGACACACCUAACCUGUUCAAGGAUGUGACAGAUAUGUUGCGUCACCAUGAUAGAUUUAUGGUCUGCGCUGACUACGACUCUUACAUUGCCUGUCAAGCACAAGUGGAACAAGUAUACAUGGAUUCGAAAAAGUGGCAGCGAAUGGCCUUGAUGAAUAUUGCCAGUUCUGGAAAGUUUAGUACCGAUAGAACAAUAGCUGAAUACGCCCGCCAAAUUUGGGGAGUAGAGCCUGGUGAAAUUAAGUUAGCAGCUCCUUAUGAAAACCCGGACAUUCAUUUGACAGAAAAUGGAGAUCAUAAGAAAAAGAGAAGUGAAUGUGAAGCCUGA